ACUCACUCACAAAGAAUGUCCCCUUUGAGCCACUGUGAUACCUGCUGGUUACUCCCACAGAUUCCUCAGGAUUGGCUGGGAGCGCAAAUAAAACACUGUUUGCCUAUAAUCAAGUCGAUAAGCUCCAAUAUAAACGAAGGCAGGAACCUGCUCUCAGGGUACAACUGUGCCACUUGCUCUCUUUCUUCCUAUACGUUUUUCAUGCAAGACCUGAAAGGGACACACUGUCUCUGGCCAAAAGAAAAGAUCUUUAAGGAAGGAAAAAGCCCAAAAUGGGUCUGCUAAAUUCUAAAAACCACAAUGGCAAGCAAGCUCACAUUCUUCUGCUGGGGCUCGACUCAGCUGGGAAAUCUACCCUGCUUUACAGGUUAAAGCUUGCUGAGACUCUCGCAACCAUCCCAACUAUCGGCUUCAACGUGGAAAUGGUCCAGCUGAAGAGCGGGUUUACGCUCACGGUGUGGGAUGUGGGAGGACAGGAGAAGAUGCGAACCGUCUGGGACUGCUACUGUGAGAACGCACACGGGCUGGUGUACGUGGUGGACUGUUCCGACGGCAAACAACGACUGGAGGACUCCCGCAAAGAGUUUAAGCACAUUUUGAAGAAUGAACACAUCAAAAACGCGCCGGUCGUCGUAUUAGCCAACAAACAAGACCUGCCCGGAGCUCUGAGCGCCGAGGAUAUCACCAGAAUGUUCAAGGUGAAGAAGCUGUGCAGCGACCGGAACUGGUAUGUGCAACCCUGCUGUGCGGUCACCGGAGAAGGGCUGGAUGACGGGUUCAGGAAAUUAACUGAAUUUGUGAAAAGCCGCCUGAAGACAAGAGAGACUUUAGCAUUCUUCAAGCAGAAAUGAGGCUGUGGAACUGUCUCAGCUUCUUGAGAGACAGAGAUGAAGUGAAAAGGGGAGUUCUGUUUUAUUUCCCCAUGUAAAAUGGAAAAAGUAA